UUCCGGUUCCCUUGCCCCGGCAUGGCUGCUUUAGGGACCUGGCUGUCCAGUGUCCGGAGAUUGCACUGCAGCGUAGUGGCGCGGGCCGGCGGCCAGUGGCGACUCCAGCAGGGGCAGGCUGCCAACCCUUCCGGCUAUGGGCCCCUCACGGAGCUCCCUGACUGGUCUUUCGCUGAUGGCCGCCCUGCACCACCAAUGAAAGGCCAGCUUCGAAGAAAAGCUCAAAGGGAGAAGCUUGCAAGACGAGUUGUACUGCUGACACAGGAAAUGGAUGCUGGGUUACAGGCGUGGAAGNUCAGGCAGCAGAAAUUGCAGGAGGAAAGGAAGCAGGAACAUGAUCUUAAACCUAAAGGGACCUUACUGAGAAGUCCACUUCCAAAUCAAUAAAAAGCAGCUCCUGUCCCACUU